GACUGAGCGUCCCCAUUGGUGUGAGCGCGGAGUCUCCUGCGGGCUCUGCUGGUCACUAAAAUGUGUCUGACGGUGAGAACAUUGAGCAGCAGAAUCAGGAGAAAUGGGACACACGGGGUUACAAUGUGGUGGAGGAACUCGAUUGUGCCCCAGACACUGGAGGAUAGAACAGCGACUGUUACAUCACAAAACCAGGGGACGUUCCCCAGCCGAUACCGAGCCCUUCUGGCAACAAAUGGCCACAAACCGAUCAAAGGUGAAAGUGACGGUGAACCAGACAGAGCAGUCAGUGGCUGCAUAAAGCAGGACGGCGUGGAUAUUACACACGGGGACGGAGUACACCAGGAAAUAAAACUGUUCCUCAUAAACAAUGGGAAUGUGUCUCAGGAUCAGGUCGAGGAUAAUGACCAGGAGAUCCGCCGCUGCCAUGGCCCCCAGGCAAGGGCGCCCGGAGGCAUGGUACAUUGGGGAAACCGAGGAAAGGCUAUGGCAACAGAUGAAUGGGCACCACACAACAAUCAACAGACAGAAGUGUUGCCUCCCAGUUGGGGAUACUUCUGCGGUACAGGACAUUCGACCUCGGACCUUCGGGUCAUCAUCCUCCAAGGCAGAUUUCAGGACAGGCAACAGCAAAAAGUGGCCAAGCAGGGACUGAUAGCUAAGUUCGGUACCCAUAGGGAGGGCCUCAACCGUGCCCUUGUGUUCAUGUCAUACUACAGGUUAGAAUCGAUCUAAAAUCAUGGCAUGGACAGAGAACACAGAGCGCUAACACCUUCGACAUAUUGUGUAACUAACCCAAUUGUUGCAGUUAACCUGAGAAUGCAACUUUAAAAAAAGGUUUUUUGAUUUACACACGGAAGAAGCUAAACUAUCAUGGUAUUCGAACAGAUGAAAGACUCAACAGACAAUCAAGGUAAUUUUCAAUGUGUAGUUUCAGUUACAUCAUACUGUAAUUUUUUGCUAUAAAUGCUGUGCCUUACAAUUUUGUCCCCUACAAUCACCUGAAGAAGGUGCGGUUCUCUGAAAGCUAAUGUGCUUCCAAUUAAACCUG